GUCAAUUGCCAGAGGCUAUCUACUGUCCUUCCUCAGUGUCUCCAAGUUACUCUAGAUAAAUAUAGUUCUUAAUACUUCACCUGGAUGCAUGAGGCAAUACAUCUGUGCUAGAGAUUAGUUCCAGGGGAAUCAGAUGCUGCCUUCUGACCUGUGCGGGCAUUGCACGACAUGGGUGCACUUACAUACAGGUUAAACUUGUUUCUUAUAUGAGAUACCAUACCAGCUCUGGACUCAUGGAGACUGAGCAUUUAUUCAGGUAAUAACAGGAUUCCAUAGAGGCUACUGUAGUCUACUGAAGAACAUGUCUAACAGUAACACUACUCAGGAGACCCUGGAAAUAAUGAAAGAAUCAGAAAAAAAACUGGUGGAAGAAUCUGUAAACAAGAACAAGUUUAUAUCUAAGACUCCAAGUAAGGAAGAAGUUGAGAAAGAGGGUGAGGAUAUUGUUUUUCGUCAGGAGACACAGAGACGGACAUCCAGCCAUGGUCAUGCCAGGAAAAGAGCCAAGUCUAAUUCCAAGCUCAAGUUGGUACGAAGUCUGGCAGUAUGUGAGGAGUCUUCCACCCCAUUUGCUGAUGGGCCAGUAGAAACACAGGAUAUAAUUCAAUUGCACAUCAGUUGCCCUUCUGACAAGGAGGAGGAAAAGUCCACAAAGGAUGUCUCAGAAAAGGAAGACAAGGACAAAAACAAAGAAAAGGUCCCAAGGAAGAUGCUGUCCAGAGACUCCAGCCAAGAAUAUACGGACUCUACUGGAAUAGACCUCCAUGAAUUUCUUGUAAAUACACUGAAAAAGAACCCCAGGGACAGAAUGAUGCUGCUAAAAUUAGAACAGGAGAUUCUGGAAUUUAUUAAUGACAACAAUAACCAGUUUAAGAAGUUUCCUCAGAUGACCUCAUAUCACCGGAUGCUAUUACAUCGAGUAGCUGCCUAUUUUGGGAUGGACCACAAUGUUGAUCAAACUGGGAAAGCUGUCAUCAUCAACAAAACCAGCAACACAAGAAUCCCUGAACAGAGGUUCUCGGAACAUAUAAAGGAUGAGAAGAACACAGAAUUUCAACAGAGAUUCAUUCUCAAGAGAGAUGAUGCUAGUAUGGACCGAGAUGAUAACCAGAUCAGAGUUCCAUUGCAGGAUGGAAGGAGGAGCAAGUCAAUAGAAGAGAGAGAGGAGGAAUAUCAAAGGGUCCGAGAGAGAAUAUUUGCCCGAGAGACUGGCCAGAACGGAUAUCUAAAUGACAUCAGACUCUCCAAAGAAGCCUUUUCUUCUAGCUCUCACAAGAGAAGGCAGAUUUUUAGGGGAAAUCGUGAAGGGCUGAGCCGCACCUCAAGCAGCCGCCAAAGUAGCACAGACAGCGAACUCAAAUCCCUGGAGCCAAGACCUUGGAGCAGCACAGAUUCAGAUGGCUCUGUCCGGAGCAUGAGGCCCCCUGUCACCAAAGCCAGCAGCUUCAGUGGAAUCUCUAUCCUCACCCGCGGUGACAGCAUUGGCAGCAGUAAAGGUGGCAGUGCAGGAAGGAUUUCUAGGCCAGGUAUGGCACUAGGUGCCCCAGAAGUAUGCAACCAGGUCACCUCACCCCAGUCUAUCCGGGGCCUUCUCCCUUGUACUGCCCAGCAGCAACAGCAGCAGCAGCAACUUCCUGCUCUCCCACCCACUCCUCAGCAACAGCCACCCUUGAAUAAUCACAUGAUCUCACAGCCAGUCCCGGCCCUGCAGCCCUCUCCGCAGCCUGUUCAGUUCUCUCCAAGCUCCUGUCCCCAAGUCCUUCUGCCAGUUUCUCCACCCCAGCAGUAUAACAUGGCAGAUGACCUCAGCAACCCCUUUGGACAAAUGAGCCUUAGCCGCCAAGGUUCUACUGAAGCAGCUGACCCAUCCUCAGCUCUGUUCCAGCCCCCACUUAUUUCCCAGCAUCCUCAGCAAGCUAGCUUCAUCGUGGCUUCCACUGGACAGCCUCUCCCCACUUCCAACUAUUCUACUUCUAGCCAUGCACCACCUACUCAGCAAGUCCUGCCACCCCAGGGCUACAUGCAGCCCCCUCAACAGAUCCAGGUUUCUUACUAUCCCCCUGGACAGUAUCCAAACUCCAACCAGCAAUAUCGACCUCUCUCUCACCCGGUGGCCUAUAGCCCCCAGCGUGGUCAACAGCUGCCUCAGCCAUCCCAGCAGCCUGGUUUACAGCCCAUGAUGCCUAACCAGCAGCAGGCGGCUUACCAGGGCAUGAUUGGGGUCCAGCAGCCUCAGAACCAGGGCCUACUGAGCAACCAGAGGAGCAGCAUGGGAGGCCAAAUGCAAGGCCUGGUGGUUCAGUACACUCCACUGCCUUCUUACCAAGUCCCGGUGGGCAGUGACUCACAAAAUGUAGUCCAGCCACCUUUCCAGCAGCCCAUGCUGGUCCCUGCUAGCCAGUCUGUGCAAGGAGGCCUCCCUGCAGGGGGUGUACCCGUGUACUACAGCAUGAUUCCACCGACUCAGCAGAACGGUACGAGCCCUUCUGUGGGAUUUCUGCAGCCUCCCGGCUCUGAGCAGUACCAGAUGCCUCAGUCUCCCUCUCCCUGCAGUCCACCACAAAUACCACAGCAGUACUCAGGAGUGUCACCUUCUGGACCGGGUGUGGUAGUCAUGCAACUGAAUGUCCCUAAUGGACCCCAGCCACCCCAGAACCCAUCUGUGGUCCAGUGGAAUCACUGCAAAUAUUACAGUGUGGACCAGCGGGGUCAGAAGCCUGGAGACCUAUACAAUCCAGACAGUAAUCCCCAGGCCAACACACAAAUGAGCAGCAGCCCCAUUACGUCUCCUACCCAGUCUCCAGCACCCUCUCCUGUCACCAGCCUCAGCAACGUCUGCACUGGACUCAGUCCCCUGCCUGUUCUCACACAGUUCUCCCGGCCUGGGGGCCCUGCACAGGGUGAUGGACGCUAUUCCCUCUUGGGUCAGCCAUUACAGUACAAUCUGUCCAUCUGCCCUCCUUUGCUCCAUGGCCAGUCAACUUAUACGGUGCACCAGGGACAGAGUGGAUUGAAGCAUGGAAACCGGGGCAAGAGACAAGCACCCAAAUCUGCCUCCACUGACCUGGGGACAGCAGACGUUGUGCUGGGACGGGUGCUGGAGGUGACAGAUCUCCCUGAGGGCAUCACACGUACAGAGGCAGACAAACUCUUCACUCAGCUCGCCAUGUCUGGUGCCAAGAUCCAGUGGCUUAAGGAUGCUCAGGGGCUGCCUGGUGCAGGUGGUGGGGACAACAGUGGGACUGCCGAGAAUGGUCGUCACUCGGACCUUGCUGCCUUGUACACCAUCGUGGCUGUAUUCCCCAGCCCCCUGGCUGCCCAGAAUGCCUCCCUUCGCCUCAACAACUCUGUGAGUCGCUUCAAACUUCGAGUGGCCAAAAAGAACUAUGACCUGAGGAUCCUGGAGCGAGCCAGCUCCCAAUAAAUGGAGGAGGGGAAGGAAUUGGCACAAUUAGGGUGGAGGCAGCAUAGAGGGAGCCAAAGCAGGAGGACUCGGCCAGAGGCAGGAAGUAAGGAAGAUAGCCACCAAACUGGAGCCUACCACAUUACGGCUGAAGAGAAAAGCAGACCUCUCCUCACACUGGCACUGGACUCCUUUCUCCCUUGCCAUGAGUCCUCUUUUUCCCUGGUUGGUCCCCCUUUGUUUCCCUCUCCUUCCCAUUCUCUUCUAUCAUUUUUUGAAUCUCUUCUCCCACCAUGAAAUUAAUUUCUUUUUUUUUUUCUUUUUUUUUUUUGGUCAGGUAGAAUUGAGAGGGUCCCACACUCCCCUCUCCUCCAAUUUCCUUACCAUUCCAAGCCCCCUUUCCUUUUUUGGUCUUCAUGAAUAUAUUUAUAUGGACAGAAUUAAGAAAAAUAAAUUGAUUUCCCCAUUCUCUCACUCCUCCCAUCUCAUCUCCCCAAACCCUACAGAGUUAAAACUUGGGACCCCCCAAUCCCCAGAACACUUGUAUAUUGUUUGUUUGAGGUUUGUGCCGCAGUAACAGACACAGUAUUUAAUUGCACAUACAGAUGUUUGCUGGGUAUAUUCACUGUAAAUUUUAUUUAAUCUGGUUUUUUUGUUUGUUUGGGGGGUUACUUGGAGGGAGGUUGGUUUUGAUUUUAAAUAUAAAAAAACUGUCACUGGA